CUAGUCUCUUCUAUUUUGAUUUUUUUUAAAUAGGUUUUUCUAAAUUUAACCUUUUGGCUUAAAACCAUGCAAAACUAGUCUUAAAGGGUUAAGACUAAGACGGGAGUUUCCUUGUCUUUUCAGCUCUUCGAACCUGACCCACUUAUUGGUUUGUAACCUUUACUUCCAUCUUGAAAGUACAUCAUUCCAGUGCCAGCUUCCUUUUCUGUGUGGAACCCUCUUGCCUUCCUUCUGUAAAGAGCCUGUAAUUUUAGUAAGAUUACAUCUAGGAAAAUCUUAGCUCAGCAUCCUUAAUUUUGUUAAAUCUUUAAAGCCUGCUUUGUCACACAGGCAAACACGCUCACAAGACUCAGUGAUUAAGACAUUGACAUAUUUGGGUGGCCAAUCAGGGUGCUAAACAUCUCUUGUGUAUGAUUAUUCACCAAUCAUGAUUGUAUACAUAGGAAAAGCCAAUAAUUAAAACAGUUCGUUAGAAUUAAUAAUGAGUUUAAGGACAUGAUUCAAUUGUUUUUUGUAGUUCAGAUAGACUAAAAAGUUGCAAAUACAGUUUUAAACAAGUUCACAAGAUGAAAUAAAUGAUGGUAUGACGCACAUAACUAAUGAGCUGGGAAUAGUAACACAAACCACAUACUUGGAAUCCCAUCCCACGGUCUUAAGUAAAUAUACUUCUAAAGAAAUUAAGGGGGAGUAAAAAACUAAUGAGAUGUUUCACAUUUAUGAAGAACAGUGGAAAAAGUGGACUUCUUAUCUGGCCCAGCCUGUAAGGAGCUUGGAAGUUGUUACUUGGUCCGAAUAAGUAAAAGCUGAAGAAACUAAAAAACCAAAAUCAGCAUCUUUCCUUGUGUCUGUCAGAGAGCUUAUAGAUUUUCAGUGGAAGCUGGGUAUGGCUGUGAGCUCGGACAGUUGCAGAUCGCUUAAAUACCCUUAUGUGGCUGUGAUGCUCAAAGUGGCAGAUCAAUCUGGUCAAAUAAAGAACAAAUUCAUUGAAAUGACAAUUCCACAAUUUCAGAAUUUCUACAGACAGUUCAAGGAAAUAGCUGCUGUGAUGGAAACUGUGUGAUAACUCAUUAUUUGGUCGAUAUUUUGCUAUCAUUAUUGUAAAGUAAUAGAUGCUACCUUCUGCAAAAGAAUGUAUUUGGAUCAUACAAUAUUUAUUGAAUAAAAUUGCGCUUUGA